ACUAAAAACAGCAACUUGUGCUUGUCACAAAUGUUCUAAAAAUGCACUUGAUAUUCUAAACCACUGAAAAUUAUUCUGGGGAUUGCGAACUACCUGCAGAUAACUGAUGAAUGAUAAAUGCUGUACUUUCAUCCUUGGAGUCGCACUACCUGUUUAAGCAGGUAUUUUGUCACUAAUUUAUUUUUUGUUCUUGGAGUGCUGACAGUAAACAAGAUGCAGAGUGACUGGUGAAAAUACGUAUUUAUAUUUAUUUGGAUUGUGUCAUAUGUAUUGCUUUCAGUGUUAAACUUCACCCUCUUAGGGCUUCACCUGUUGUGGAAUAUCAUUUGCAGUUGUCAUGGAGACAGGUGGGCUGCAACAGUAACACAGCAGAUCGUACCACAGACUCAUCUUGUCCUGUACCAAAGGUGGUUAUUUGUCAGUGCUUGAAAGCCAUAGUGAAUAGAGACCAAAACAAACUGACUUUUCUAUCCCAAAUAUGCCAAGACCCAACAAAACUCAGAUAGAAAUCAAAAUGGAAGAUGUGGGGAUUGAGAUUGAGCAGGUGGAGCGCGACAGUGAUGAUGAUACAGGGAGACGUGGAAAAACAAACAGAAGACAACAAAACAAUAAACCCUCCCCUGCGGGUGCCAGGAAUAACAGAAAUAACAACAGGUCCCAACCUCAGACUCGAAAUGGUAGAAGGACUGCAGUUGAAGAUGACAGUGAGGAGGAAGAAGAGGACGAAGCCCCUAAACCAAGACGAGGGAACAGGAAAAAGCUGGCUAAAGCGCAAGACAGCGAUGAAGAGAGUGAGGAUGAGCAGCCAAACAGGAAGACCAACAAAAAGGGUGAGAACCAGAAGCACAAAGAGGAGCCGAAUAAUAAAGAGAAACAAACUGAUAAGAAGGGUAAAGGGAAGGAUAAAGAUAAAGAUGACAGCAAGGAUAAAAAGAAGAAAAAAAAGAAAGACAGUAGCUCCUCUUCCUCCUCCUCCUCCUCCUCCUCAGACGAUGAUGACUCUAUGUCUGAGGGGGAAAUGGCCAAGCUAAUGGAGGAGGUUGAAGAGAAGAAGAAACUUGUGUCCAACAUGAGGAAUAAACCCUGGCGCAUGAAGAGGAGACUGGCGGCACUAAAAGAAGCUCAAAGUUUUGUGGAAAAAUUCGAAGGGGCUUUGGGCAAAGGAAAAGGAAGAAGACUGUUUGCCUAUAAAGUAAUGAUGAGGAAGAAAUGGAUCAAGUUUCAAAGAGAUUUUGACAAUUUUAAGACUUCCUGUAUCCCUUGGGAGAGGAAGAUAAAGGAAGUUGAAAGUCACUUUGGAUCCUCUGUAGCCUCCUAUUUCAUAUUUCUCAGAUGGAUGUAUGGAAUGAAUUUGGUUCUUUUUGGCAUCACAUUUGGGCUGGUUGUAAUACCCGAGGUUCUAAUGGGGCUACCUUACGGAAGUAUUCCCCGCAAAACUGUCCCAAGAGCUGAACAGGCUAAAGCUAUGGACUUCUCAACACUCUGGGACUUUGAUGGUUAUUGUAAGUACUCAGUCCUCUUUUAUGGCUAUUACAAUGAUCAACGGACAAUUGGCUUACUCAAAUUUCGAUUACCUUUGGCAUACUUGAUGGUUGGGAUUGGCACUUUUGGGUACAGCCUGAUGGUUGUUAUACGAACAAUGGCUUCGAAUGCCAAUGAAAGUGGAGGAGAUGGUGAAGACUCUGACUUCCUUUUCUGCUGGAAAAUGUUUACCAGUUGGGAUUACCUGAUUGGUAAUUCAGAAACAGCUGACAACAAAUUUGCUUCCAUUACCACCAGUUUUAAGGAAGGUAUUGUGGAUGAAGAGGAAAACCAGAAGGAUGAAAAUAUCCAUUUAAGAAGAUUCCUUCGUGUCUUGGCAAACUUCCUUAUUGUAUGCAGUUUAGGCGGAAGUGGUUAUCUUAUUUACUUUGUGGUAAAACGGUCACAGGACUUUGCUACCAGGGAUAAUCUGGGAUGGUAUGAGAAAAAUGAGGUGGAGAUAGUGAUGUCCUUGCUAGGACUGGUCUGUCCUCCACUCUUUGAGAGCAUUGCUGAACUAGAGGAAUACCACCCACGUAUCGCACUAAAGUGGCAGCUGGGGAGAAUUUUUGCCUUGUUCCUCGGAAACUUAUAUACGUUUCUUUUUGCACUGUUUGAUGAGGUGAAUCAAAAGCUUGCAGUGGAAGAGUCUAUAAAGAAUGCCACAAUAUGGGCAACACAUAUGCACUAUGCCAAUUUCACAGGGAACACAUCUGCCACUCCACCACCCAUAGACCCUGCAGAUGUAAUAAGAGGACCAUGCUGGGAAACCACUGUUGGAAUUGAGUUUGUGAAGCUUACUGUUUCUGACAUACAAGUUACAUAUAUUACUAUUUUGGUUGGAGAUUUCCUUCGAGCUGUGAUUGUGCGAUUCCUUAAUUAUUGCUGGUGUUGGGACCUGGAAUCUGGAUUUCCAUCUUAUGGAGAGUUUGAUAUAAGUGGUAAUGUGCUGGGACUUGUCUUCAAUCAAGGAAUGAUCUGGAUGGGUGCCUUCUAUGCUCCAGGACUAGUUGGAAUUAAUGUCCUGCGUCUACUGACUUCCAUGUACUACCAGUCCUGGGCUGUAAUGAGUUCUAAUGUUCCUCAUGAACGCAUUUUCAAAGCAUCCAGGUCCAAUAAUUUUUACAUGGGGCUCCUGUUGCUGAUCUUGUUCCUAAGUUUGUUACCGGUAGUCUACACCAUCAUGACAUUACCACCUUCAUUUGACUGUGGACCAUUCAGUGGGAAAUCGAAAAUGUUUGAUAUCAUUAUGGAGACAAUCGAAUUAGAUUUUCCAGCAUUUAUUGGAAAUAUCUUCAGCUACGUAGCUAACCCAGGACUGAUUAUCCCUGCUGUUCUGCUGAUGGUGUUGGCGAUUUAUUAUUUAAACGCUGUUUCCAAAGCGUAUGAAAAUUCAAAUCUGGAGCUUAAAAAGAAGAUGCAAAUGCAACGAGAUGAAGAGAAGAACCGAAGGAACAACCAAGACAGCACAAAUUCGAUAAUGAAAGAUUUAGAAGACCUGCUGCCCAUCAUGUCUGGGGGUGGUAACAGUACUGCACCAGAGAACAAGGCAAGCACCAACAAGAAUGACCUACCAAAAACUCCAAAAGGAGCGGACAAACAAGGAGGGGCAUCUCGCAAUGGAGGCCGUGUGAACCCUGAGAAGGAGGUGUCACUGGCAGCACAGAACCCCCGCAUUGCAGUGACAAGGCCACCAGGACCCAGACCGCCAGGGCCCUUACCUGGAAACCCACAGCUGACAGUCCCUGGCCAGCGUGGACGAGGCCCACCCCAGAGAGUAGGAAGAGGGCAGCCCAGGCACUAACACGUCCACCUCACUCUGACUUUUAAUUACUGUCUUCACUCAGUGUGGAUUCAAGUUUGUUCGGUGCUCUUUGUAACUUUAUCAGGAAAUAAACCCUCAGCUCUACCACAAUGGGUAAUUGAAGGUUGAUUCAAGGUAUGAACAGGUUUUUUUUUUUUUUUUUUUUUCUCCCCAAAGAAGAUAAUCUGUGAUUAUGAAAGCCAAAAUUGCACAGUACAAAUAAGCAACAAAUCCACAUCAACUAAAUAUGUACAGUACUGAGUGGAACUGAUUAGGAGUAACUGAACAUUUUGUUUGAGGGCGAUUUUAUACAUUUCCUAAACAUAUGAUUCUUUACUUUUACUGCUAAAUUAUUAACAGGCUAAAAUACCAUUGAUUACUCUAUGUACGUUUGCAAUGACUUUUGAUUGUAUCUGUAUGUGUUACUAUUGUAAAAUAAUGUACAGGAAAUAUACUACUGGCCAUUUCUUUACCAAUGUUUUAUUAUUAUCUAUUUUAAAAUAUGUAUUGCACAUCCCUGAACCAUUUAUUAAAGGUAGCCUUACAUUGCAAAAUUCUUCAGUGCGGUGCCAGUUACCGUGAUGCUAAAUGUCAUGGGAUUUUGUAAUUUAGGAUUACAAAAUCUGGCCCCUGGUGUCAGAAAACAUUUCUAUCUUGCAUCAUUGCUAUCUGUAUUUUUUAAUACAUUAUGUAUACAUCAAAAACAGUUUCAAAUGUGUGUUUGUUUUAUUUCAGAUUAAAUACUUUGCACAUUUAUAAAUCGUUAUUACAUCCUUCAACCCAGGCCUGGACAAAGGCCCAGGCAAACUAGACAGCCUCCUAGGGCGUCAGAUUUAGGGGGGUGGCAACAUUUUUAAAAUAAAAGCCAGGAAUCUGCAUUCUGUGUGACAUUUGGCACCACGGUAACUGGCACCACACUGAAGAAUCCUAACCAAACACGUUCUUUCGCAUGGUAUGCAGUGAUUGAUAGUAAAUUGUGUUUGUUCUAUCUAUUAUGCCAUUCUAUAGAGAAAAUGGCUUUAUGACUGACAUACAUCAUCCUUAUGGAGACGUGAAGUUUCAAGAAGUAAGCCAAUAAGUCAUCAAUUUUCAACAAGAAUAAGGUAAUUUAAUAAUUUAAAGUUAUGGGAAUUUAAAGUGUUUUUGACGGUAAAUACCAAUGUUAAUACAAUGUGUUCAAUUCUGAUCUCUGAAGUCCCGAAUCAAAUCGAUACAAAAUCUGAAUUGACUGUCACUGGCAAUAUUACUAACCUGUAAAUAGACAUGUAAUACUAUUUAAAUGGGACCAAGAUAUGAAAUGAUUUCAGUGGUAAAAUAUAUACAGUUGUAGUCAAAAGUUUACAUACACCAAUGGAAAUAUAUAAUUUCUAGACACUUCUCAAAAACAAAGAAUUUUAGGAAAAAUCUUUUUGUAUCAAAAGUUUUGCUUUUGUGGAUGAGGGGAAAAAAGUUACAAGAAAUUGAUUUCUACAAUUAGUUAUUUCAGCAUUUUUUUUAUUGCAAAACUCCAAAAAUGCUAAUUAAAAAUACCCUUUGAUGCUAUGAUAGUAUUGUCUACAAGGUGCUAGAAAUUUCAAUAUGAUAAUGCAGAACCUAAUUCUAGAAAAGUCUAGAAAAUGCUGGAUUGUAGGUGAACAUUCUUAGAGCGUAUAAAAGGGUUAGGCAUAGGAAGACAUUACCAAUAAGUCAAUAUGGGGAAAAAGUAAAGAGCUAUCUGAAGACCUUAGGCAGAAAAUGAUUUAUUGUCAUAAAGCUGGAGAAGGAUACAAGAAGAUUUCCAAGCAUUUGAGUAUCCCAAUUUCAACUAUUGUUUCUAUUAUCAAGAAGUACAAGACUCAUGGUACUGUCACAACGCUCCCUCGGUCUGGAAGAAGGAAGGUUCUUUCACCAAGAACAAGUAGAAAAUUGUGAGGAUGGUUAAUAACAAUCCGAGACUGACUGACAAAGAUAUUCAAAGUGAAUUGGCCGCAAGUGGGACUGGGGUUUCCAUUUCAAUCAUAGGUAGAGUAUUGCAUGGUGAAGGUUUCAAUGGUUGCAGGCCAAGGAAAAAGCCACUCUUAGGAAAACGUCAUAAGGACAGUCGCUUAACGUUUGCAAAACAACAUUUGAAUGAUGGAUAUGAGUUCUGGUCAAAAGUUUUGUGGAGUGAUGAAACAGAAAUUGAGCCAUUUGGUCAUGCUGAUAGUCGUUACGUUUGGAGAAAGUCUGGUGAGACAUACAAAGAAAAGAACACCAUACCUACUGUCAAGCAUGGAGAUGGUAAUAUCCUUCUAUGGGGCUGUUUUUUUCUCUAAUGACACGGUAAUUUGGUUCCAAUACAUGGUAAAAUGGAUUCCACAGCAUACCAAAAGAUAUUGGCCAAUCAUCUGAAACCCUCUGCUACAAAGCCUGGUUUAAAGUGCAACUGGACGUUCCAACACGACAACGAUCCAAAGCACACAUCAAAAUCUACUUCAGAAUGGUUAAAGAAGAAUAAAAUCAAGGUUCUGGAAUGGCCUAGUCAAAGUCCUGAUCUAAAUCUGAUUGAUAAUAUUUGGUAUGAGUUGAAGAAGGCUGUGCACAAGAGAAGUCCUCGGAAUUUGAAUGGACUAGAACAAUUUUGCGUUGAAGAAUUGGUCAAAAAUCACUAAAGAAUCAUGCCAAAAGCUCACUGACAAAUAUCCUAAUCAUUUAAAAGAUGUUAUUAUUGCUAAAGGUGCCUCAAUUAGCUAUUAAUUUAAUUUUCCUUGUCAGGGUAUGAAUACUUUUGCAUUAGCAUUUUUGGAGUUUUGCAAAAAAUUGCUGAAAUAAAUCAUUGUAGACAUCUAUUUCUUAUAACUCUUUUCUUCAUCCACAAAAGCAAAACUUUUGGCACAAAAGAUUUUUCGUAGAAUUAUUUGUUCGAGAAAUUUCUGGAAAUUAUAAAUUUCUAAUGGUGUAUGUAAACUUUUACAACUGUAUAUAUUUUUUUAAUGUUUGAAUGUUUCAUGUUUUAAUGUCUGCCAUCACAUUAAAAUCUUCCUACAUACGUUGUUAUUACUGGGGUGACAGGACGGUUCUGUGCCUGAAACACUUUUGGCAUAAAACCGGGACAGGCUGACAGUUCAGGUUAGCAGACUCCCAUCAUCACCAAUGCAUUUAACAGACAGGUGUGUAGGGUUAUUCAAUUGAUCUGUGAUAAGCUAUUAGUGUCUCUUUAAUUACAACUGAGAAAUGUAUUAAUAACUUGUGCAAGUAUUCUAAAAGCGUGUUUAAUUACAGUGCUGUGUGUAAUUACACUGACAGUAUUGGAGUCUUUUGUUGUUUUUGUACAAGUUUGCAUUUUCAAACAUGGUGCAUUGGGAGUGUUUUUUUAUAUAAUAUUGCCAUAGAAAUGGCUGUUUUCACCUUGGAUAUACUUUUGUUUCCCAACGCGUUAGAUCACUUGACGGUACAGAUUAAUGUUAAAUUGUGAUCCAUAAAUGUAAAUUAAAAAGCUACAUCCUUUUGGUGUGUGCUUAGCUUAUUCUAACUGUCAUGUUUUCACUUUUCACGUUCUCUUUUAUUAUAUUAUUUGCUCUGCACACACUCUUAACUCAGGGGAGACGUUAAGGAGGACAGAGAUGUUUAAAACUCCUAGUGGUUUAUGUUCGAGCACUGGACGAGCGGUGUGUCCUUAAAACCUUUUUAUUUAAU